AUGGGCGUCUUUAAAGACGAAUCGCAGGCGCCCGAUGCUGAUAAUCAACCAACUCCCCACGCGGUCGAGAAUAAAACAGAGUCAGCGACAGAACAUCAGCGAACUGUCGGCGAACACGCUACCGAAAUGCCCCCGGGCGGCAAGCCGCGGCUCAACACGCUGCGGCGCGAGGUCGACUUAAGCUCGCUUUUGAACUCCGGCGAAAAGACCGAGUUGACGGCGCUCGUUGGCAGGGUGACCGAGUCUAUGCUCAAGGAUCUCACCCAGCUGUUCGAUCCCGUUCGUCCCGACGGCAAGGCGGAGGCAACGCGCACCACCUUCUGGAGCAGAUUGCCUAAUUACCUCAAGGAUCUGAGCCUGGGCGACCCUUCGAAUGGCGCCCAGGCCCGUGCCAACCACGUGGAGAACGUCAAGCCCUCUAGCUCCAAGAAGACGGGUAAGGCCCAAGACAAGCGCGGCGACGCCCACAGUGCUGCUGGCGCCCCGAACCGAGAAGAGAAUGACGUGGUGCCGCGGCUUCAGGAGCUGAAGAAGGAGGCUCUGCUGCAUUUCAAGAAGUGGCAGGUGGCUGUCAACAAGAGGAUCAACGACAUCUCGAUCAAGAGAAGCCCGGAUUCCCAGCCUGACCCGGCAUCUGCUGGCUCAAAAAAGCGUCCGCCGCUCAAUAAGAGAGGUCCAAAGACUGCAUCCACGCCAGCCAUUAUCAGCCUGGAAGCGGACCCUGUUCUGGUACAGCUCUACCCGCCCGUCCCGACAACGCUCUCAUCUUGGCCCGCCGAGAAGAGGUGUCUCCUGCUUCACGCGUUGCUUCUCCUGCUGUUGUCCAUCGAGAAUUAUGGCGCGUAUACCCGCACUCUGCUCCAGAGGAUGACAUCGGCUCUUCAACUGCCUCUGCGCGUCCUCACCGAAGACGAGCUCAGGGUGUGCGGUGCCUUGGCCCAGAUUGCCAAGGACAUCCCACCCGAGUUUCUGGCACCAAAGAGGACCACUAUUCCGGUGUCGGCCAGCGGCAUGGCCGCAGCACUUGAGGCAGCCCGUAUCGGAUCCGUUCUUGGUAUUGUUGGGAUUCCGGGCACGGCCGCAGCGAGUCUUCUUGGUAUUAUGGGCGAAAAUAGCCUGGCUGCAGGGCAAUUGUUUGGCAUAUAUGGCACCAGGAACCCCGGCAAGAUGAUGGAUCACUACCUCAAGGAUGUCGGUGACUUCGCCUUCCUACCGCUCCGCGGUUCGACGGGCGAGAAUCUCGAGCUUGGGAAGAUCGCCCCCGAAAGCCGCCGUCUGCGAGUCAUCCUAGGCAUCAGUGGAUGGCUGACAAGCAAGGACGAUGCAAUAAGUCCUUGGCAGUGCUUGGGUCACCAGAGCGAGGUGUACGCUGUCCGAUGGGAGCUCGACGCCUUAGGGAAGCUGGGAAGCUCGUUCGAUACGCUUGUGCGGAGCGCGGCAUGGUCCAUGGCAAAGAAGGAAAUCAUGGCUCGGGCCAGUUUAUUCUCCAACUUGAUAGACAGUUACUGGCCGGAGAGCCUGCUCAGGAUGAGCAAGAUCAUCGACAACAAUUGGAAUAACGGCAUGGUUCGCGCCGACAAGCUCGGUGCUGCUCUCGCCGACGUCAUCAUGAGCAAGGCGCAGGGUGAGCGCGGAGUUUCGCUGAUCGGUUAUAGUCUCGGUGCCCGUGCCAUCUACGCCUGUCUGAUGUGUCUCGCCGAGAAGCGAGCGUUUGGACUCGUAGAGAACGCCAUUUUGAUUGGGACGCCGGCACCAUCCGAGCCUCUGGCGUGGUGUGCCAUGAAGAGCGUGGUGCCUGGUAGGCUGAUCAACGUGUAUUCGGAAAACGAUUACAUCCUCGGGUUCCUCUAUCGGACUGGUAGCAUCGAGUUUGGCCUUGCGGGUCUGCAGCGCAUCAUCGGGGUUGAUGGCAUCGAGAAUGUGGAUGUCACUGCUAAGGUCAGUAUCCACCCUCGAUACCAAUACCUCGUGGGCAGCAUCUUGCGACACAUCGGUUGGGAAGACACGGACACGGCACAGAUUGCCAGGGACGAGGCCGAGAUGUCUUUCUAUGACGACCGCAACCGGAAGCACGAGGAGCGACGGGACGCAGUGGAGCUUAGUAAAGUGGCAGCCAACAAGGAAAAUGGGCAGGGGAUUAUCCGGACCAGAAUGCGGAAGAAGAACAAGAAGUGA